CAUGUUUUAUGGAAACACCAUCAACAUUUGUACUGUGUGCUCCAGAAGAAAAUCUACAUAGAUUCCAUGCCGUAUGGUAUAUCGAUCUCCUAAUUCUUCCUUUUUUUUUUUUUUUUUCUUUUCACUGUUUUCCUUGUUUUCUAUCCAUCAUCCAAAUUUGAGAGAGAGAAAUAGUUGAAAGAUUCUUAUCAUCUCCUCUUCUUCCAUAUCUCUUGCUUUCUUCCUUCUAAACCUUAUCCUUUGAUGUAUUCUUUGGAUCAUUUUUUCUUGAUAAUAUAGAAGGGUAUAUUAUUGUUUAACAAUGGUUAAAUUCAGCAAUAGCCUUUUAGGCCUCCUGAACUUUGUAACCUUUUUUAUCUCUUUCCUAAUCAUCGGCAUCGGUUUAUGGUUUAAACUCAUCUCAUCUGCGGAGUGUGGAAAAUUUCUCCAACUACCUAUCCUCUCCUUUGGCAUAUUUCUAAUGGUAGUUUCAUUGUUCGGCAUGGUCGGCUCAUGUUGUUAUGUAUCCUUACUUUUGUGGAUCUAUCUUUUUGUGAUGUUUAUGUUCAUUCUUGGGAUGCUUGGCUUCACUAUGUUUACUUUCAUGGUCACGAAUAAAGGCAUAGGGCAAGCGAUAGGGACAAGUUACAAGGAGUAUAGUCUUGAGGGUCACUCAAAUUGGCUCCGAAAAAAGAUGGGGGAAUACCACACUUGGAAAGAUAUUCAAACCUGCUUGAACGAUGCUAAGGUGUGCGGGGGGUUUCAAACUGAAAUGGGAUUGAAGGCUGAUGAGUUUUACAAGCAAUACCUCUCCCCCUUACAGUCUGGCUGCUGUAAACCACCAACAUACUGUGGAUAUACAUAUGAGAAUGCUACGUAUUGGACAGUCCCAAAAUCUGGGCUUAAAUCGGAAGAGACUGACUGUAAGAUGUGGAGCAAUGAUCAACAAACCUUGUGCUACAAUUGUAAUUCAUGCAAGGCAGGAGUGCUCCAAACUAUUAAAGAUAAAUGGAAGCAGUCUGCUAUCUUCAACUUUGCCCUCCUCGUCUUCCUCAACAUUGUCUAUUCUGUUGGCUGUUGUGCCUUGCAAAAUAAUAGGAAUCGUAAAAAGUACCGCAGUAUUUAUUAUUAUACGGGGCCAUAUGCAUAUCGCCAAGUUGAAUGGGCUUAGAUGAUAUAUUUAUUUUUCUUCUAUAGCUCUAUCUAUGGACGCAAUUGUGCUUCUGGUUUUCUAAUUCUUGUUUGUAUAUAGAUUCAUUGAUGCAAGACUUCAAUCUAUUAACGCCCCCAAUGCGAGUUAUACAUGAGCA